AAUUAAUGUUGCAAUGUCCAAGUACUGUCCAGUACCGCGCGGCUCAAAAACAGUAUUUCACACGGACGAAGUCGCGGGGACAGUUAGUACAUAAUAAGUAGAGAGGACAUAUAAGCUGCGAGCUUGGAGUGUCAUUCUGGCCUGGCAAAGGAGAGGUGCAACGAUGGAUAUGUUAGUCCCAUUUCUUGUCGUUUGCGGAUUCAUCGAGUUUGGAUCAGCAAUAAUGUGUUACGAAUGUAACAGCGCGACAAACACAUUUUGCAGCGCUGCUGUUCUCCCGGAUAGCUUAAAGAGGAACUGUUCUGAGCACGACCGCGGCAUCACACACACCUUAUGCAGGAAGAUAGUGCAGCAAGUUGAACAUGCAGUCAAUGGCAAGUACCCAGAGCAUAGGGUUAUAAGAUCCUGUGGCUGGGAUGAAACCAAGUAUAAGGGUAUGUGCUACCAUCGUGCAGGGUAUGGAGGACGUCAGGAAGUGUGCUCGUGCUUCAGUGAUUUCUGCAACAACAGCCAUGCUUUGACCGCAUCCAGUCUUCUCAUCGCAACGCUGUUAGCUUACUCCGGUAUCGUCCUUGUGAGAUAAUUUAAUAUUAGAAUUUAUGACAAGUUC